AUGAGAGGUGCUCAAGCGUGCGGUGAGGAGCUGGGUCCAUCACGCCGCAGAGAUGGCCCAGGGGUGUACAGGUGGGACAUUCAGGGCGGGGCCAGUGACAUGCUUUUUAUUCUAAGUUUCAUUUCCACCAUCAGGACCUCCGCACAUUAUAUGGACUCCCUUGCCCACAUGGGCUGUUUCGGUGGAGGGUCCCUUCCCUGGGGGACCCUACUUUCCCUGCCCCACCGUGAAGGCACCCACCCUGUUCAUUUUGCACAUUUGAGAGGUCAUCACCUCUCCUGUGCAAAGGUCAAGUUCAAGAAAAACCACCUCAGUCUAUGUGUGGAGAGGUAA